CUACAACUGAGGAAAUGAUAUUUAAAGUUUAGAGGUAUCUCUUUCUCCUAGUGACUAGGACUUGAGCUUCAUGAUCGACACAUAAGAUGUUAAGUCUGAUAUCCAAUCCGUCUUUUUGGUACUUGCGAAACUCUUCGAUAUGUUCCUGAGUCAAUCCCCAACUCAAGUCCUUCCCUGGCUCCGACAUAUCCAGGGUGACGGCCGACAAGAUCCUAGUGUUCCAUCUAGAAGAUACCAUGUCAAAGAAAACAUGAUCAACGAAAGUACAGGGCGUGUUUAUGAGGACAUCAUCGAUAGCGAUAUGAAGUUUCCUGAGGAGAGGAAGAAAGCUUUGCUGAGUAGAGGGAUAGGAAGCCAAGCGGUCAAUGAGGGCUUUGAAUAUGCGAUCGUAGUUGGUGGCCCAGCGUUGUGUGGAAAGUUUGAGAGUGUUGAUGUGUGGGGUGCAAUGGAGAAUGUGAAAAAUAAUGUCAGUGAAGAUGACAUCGACAAGCUCGAGUGAUACGAGAGAACAUUGCGAGCAUUGGAGGAGGCUCGGAAGAUCUGGAAGAGCGUCAUCAGGACAAAGUGCAUUCGCGCUAGGAACGACACGUAUUUUCUCUAAUUGGGGUAAGAUUACGCUCCGAAAUAUGGCGCUAUGACAUGCCGUGAGAUCGCGCAAACUUGAUCGAAACGGAGGGGUAAUACUAACCGGUGUUCAGGAAACCCACGAUACGUAUAGUCGAAGAAUGCGACGA